UAGUAUAUUGCAUUUUCUGUAUGCUGCAAAGACCAGGGCUCUCUUAAAUUAGUUAAAUGAAUACUUCAACCUCUCCCUGUCCCACUCUCUUUCCUCAGAGGCUUACUGGUUGCGUGAAAAUCCCUCCAUGAAAGCAAGGCUGAAGCCUCACUCCAGGAUUACAGCUCGAGGAAGAUUUAGUGACUGACACGUGUUGCACACUCUUUCUUUGCAAGACUCGACUCUGCAGAGAAAGUAAAUAAAGAAGAACCUAUGGCUGCGACACUGAAUCACUGAAAGCAAAGAUUUCAAGAAACUAAGUCUCAAGAUGGGAUGAUUGUAUCCAGGAAGACUUUGACUGUAAGAAGAGGAUAUGCUGACAGCUGAGGAUCUACAUGAGGAAAGCUGUGCUAUAAACAAACUCACCCGAGGAGCCCUGCGGAGCUGAAAGGAGGUGGGUUCAUGUGGUGUGGAUGGGACAGGAGAGCAGGACUCAAAUGCACAGUUCAGGGAUGAACAGCACCCCAGCUAUGGCACCUCUGUCUCCAGGGCUGGGUGGUAACCCCACACCGUCCUCCCUAUCACCCAGGAAGACCAGUUUACAGUCUUUAGGAUCUCUGUCACCAGGGAUGUUCACCCCGUCGCUGGGUAAGGGCUCCUCUCAGCAAGAAAAACAGGCCUUGAGUCCAGUGAGAUCACCCAGCCCGUCCAUCAUGACCUCUCCGAAACUCUGGCAGAAAGCAUCCAUCUCCAGACUCGCUGAGGAGUUUUUCUGGAUUGGCGGCAGCGUGGUCGCACAGCCGAAAUGGAGAUUGGGUCAAAUAGGUAAGAUUCAGCCUGGACUUAAUAUGUUGUGUGACUUCCAACAUUCAUACAUCAGCAGUCUGUCAACAUUUUGCACAACAUUACAGCCAACGAAAUGUUCCUCAUUUAUGGACUCACUGGAAUUGAUACGAUAUUUUAAAAUCCGGUUGUGUGAAUUUUAAAUACUGGGAUGUUUUUCAUUCAACUUUGCUCCAAACAUGUGAAAGUUCUACAACGCAGGAUAGAGACACAGCAGACGCCUCUGAGUAGAUAACAGGCAUAUGGACGUCAGACAAUCCUUUGGGAUUAACCCCAAUGUUGGGCCGGGUUGUGUCACAUGCACCUGAGCUUUAGAUUACAAACAAAGGUUAACUGAACCCAGCACACAAAGCAAGUUCACAUCACCAUGACCUCGGUGGGAUCAAUAUCAAUGAAUUGCUGUUUUUUCUUUGAUAACUCUACACUUAAUGCUAAAGUACUUUUGGAUAUAUCAGCGAAUAAUUCAUCUUAAUAUUUGCAAAACUUAAGUUUGAUUGUGGUCUGAUUUUUAGGUGUAGAUCACACGAGUGUUGUGCCUCUUUUUAUCAAUUUUGCCUUUUAUCACCAAUGCAUAUCUGACAUUUAACACACAUACAGCUUAGAUCCCUGAGUGACGUAGACUCUAAUCUCAUAAACAAGUGCUUUAAGGUAAACCUCUGCUUGACUCGCUGUUUUAGGGAUUCUUUCUGGGUUGUUAUUUGUCAUGUUUUGCACAAAAUCACAAGGCAAAGUACAAGAUUGAAGUCAUGUCAUACGGCUCCUUGCAGCAGAAGCAAUGCACUUUUUGUAAACUCAGUUGGCUCAGGCAUCAACAUGCUAUAAUUCAUUUAAAAAAGCUGAACCAUGUGGACUAAGAUGAACUAAAACAGUCUAAAAAUAGCGACUCUUUCUCUAUUCAAAUACAUUACUAAGUGUGCUGCACACUGGGUGUUUGAUUGUCACAAACCCCCUCUGAUGUUGGCAUAACUAAUGACUAUGUGAUGAUCCCUGUGACUAAUCAAGAGCCUCUGAAUAAAUAAAUAAAACCUCUCCUUGUGCUCACCUGCAGUGGAGCGGUGUAUGUUCACCAUGCAGACUGGAACUCAGAUGUCCAAACUGAAGGGGAAGAAGAAAGGACUGGUGCGAUUCUUCUACCUGGAUGAACACAAGUCCUGUAUCAGGUGGCGGCCCUCGAAGAAACACGACAAGGCCAAAAGUGAGACAUCAAGAGGCAUCAGAAAACCAAUGACACAGCUGAUCUUGACAAACACUAACUCUGAAUGAAUCUUUAUGCAUUUUUAUUUUUUCUUUCAGUUACUAUCGAUUCAAUUCAUGAAGUCUGUGAAGGGAAGAAAUCAGAGAUCUUCAGGCGGUACGCAGACAACCGCUUUGACCCAAACUGCUGCUUCAGUAUUUACUACGGGGAGCGUGUGAAAUCCCUGGACCUGGUCUCCACUAAAGCAGAGGAAGCCCGAACCUGGAUCACUGGGCUGAAAUACCUCAUGGCCGGCAUCAGUGAUGAAGACAGCUUAGCCCGGAGGCAACGCACACGAGAUCAAUAUCCUUUAUGUUGAUUUAAUCCCAUACUAAAUACAGAAGUUAUACCUUCAAUACUUACUUUUAAAGUAGUAACACUGACUAUGAUCAUCACAUUUCAAGGUUUUUCUUUAACCACAGCCCUCAUGUGGUUGCAGCAGACUUUCUAUGAGGCUGACAAGAAUGGAGACGGCACCUUGAGCAUCGGAGAGGUUCACCAGCUGCUUCACAAACUCAAUGUGAAUCUACCCAAGCAGAAAGUCAGGGAGAUGUUUCAGGUAAGGUUGUUUCCCUGAAUUUUAAACCAAACCAAAGAUAUUUUCCUCAUUGGCGAAACAAAUGUUUGGGUUUUUUUGUGAGAACAGACUGAGGACCACGAGCCUUCUGGCAAUAUCCUCUUGAUAUACCUUAGAUCUAUCAGCCUGAAGAAAAUUCAUCAACUUAAAGUGCUACCCAGCCUGUUUAAGGCUAAAAGGCCAUCCGAUACCAAGUAUUCUGUCGUAGGCACCACUGUACACACUGGUAACAGCAGGAAACCACAGAGUAAUGUGGAUAGUGGAGCAUCAUUGACAUUUCCUCCAGAAGCCGAUUCUUGUCUUGCAUCCUUAAGGUCAGAGACCACAGUAAGAUAAGAGUAUGGAGAUGGAGUCAGCAGACAAACAUGUACACGCAGCAUUUUGACAGGACAGUGCCAUGGGAAGGCCAUAUGGCUGCCACUGAACAGAUGGCUUUAACUGCACUGCAGCAUUUAGUUCAGUGGCUCCUCAUCUUCCCCUGUUAUGAUGAUGGUCUGAACAAGUUCUAUCAUGUUCGAUGGUGGUACGGAUAGGUGCCCUUUUAGACAGGGAUAGUAGAUAUAUUUUUUUAGCAGGUUGGGUAUCUUAAAUCACAUACAUUUAGCUGCUUACUUCUUGCUCAUGAACUGCCUCUGCCAUUGUCCGUAGGAUGCAGACACAGAUGAGAACCAAGGCUCUCUGGGCUUCGAUGAAUUCUGUUCAUUCUACAAGAUGAUUUCCACACGCAGAGACCUUUACCUGAUACUGAUCUCCUACAGCAACCAGAAAGAAGUCAUGGAUCUACAGGACCUCACACGCUUUCUGGAACACGAACAGAAGGUGUGUCAAAACGUGAAAAAAGAUUCAUAAAGCAGCUUUUAUUUGUUUGUGAUGCAGAUCCCCACUCCAAGUAAAGGGAAGGGCAUGUCCAAGAAGGUGACUAGGGGUGGCGUGGGCCCCCUUUGACAUCUGAUUGGCCACCCUAAAUAACUAAACUAUGAUUGGCCCUUUGUUUUGUCAGAGUCGGAACUUAUAUUACAAACAAACUGUUUAGGCGGUGUUGUUAGGCGACAGUAGCUCCCGAGGUAGAGCGGUUGUCCAAUAAGCGGAAGGUUGGCGGUUCAAUUCCCCCCCUAUCUGUAGUCUGUCCGUUGUGUCUUUGGACAAGACACUUAACCCACCUUGCUUCCAGAGGGUGCAUGAAUGUGAGUGUUGUGUGGUGGUAGUCGAAGAGGCCGUAGGCGCAAACUGACAAUCACGUUUCCAUCAGUCUGCCCCAGGGGAGCUGUGACUACUAAGGUAAUUUACCACCACCAGGGUGCGACUGAGUGAGCGAAUGAAUGAUGUAUCCAAGAAAAAGCGCUUUGAGAGUCUCUGAUAAAGCACUUUAUGAAAUCUGAUGCAUUAAUAUUUUUAAACUUUUUUUUACAUCAGCACUUAAAAAAAUGAUCAAGAAAAACUAUGAACAUUGCUGGGUUGUUUUGGCCUUCAGGUCUUCUAAGUAAUCAGCAAAAAGUGUGAGACAGUUGCACAAAAUGGCAGUCCAGAUUUGUGGUUCCUAAUUGGAAAAAGAGGUCAGAGGAUGUGGUCCGGUUAAUGAGCUAUCAGACUCCUCAACCUCUCUGGCAACGUUUAGUCCAGGCUGCUGGAAAGAAGUACAGGACUCAUCCUCAAACCUCAGAAACCAGGAAGAUUAUAUCUCUCUGCAAGACGGACCUGUUCUUUACCUUUUUCAGGAGCAUCAUGGGAUUUUGCUCACACAGUCUGCACAGGAUUGUGGACUUGUAUGAGGCCAAUGAUAGUGAGUCUUUUGGGAGACCUAUAAGGGAAACUGCUGGAGAAUGGGGUAUCGGAGUCAUUCAUGCGUAUAAGAAGUGAAAGCUCUGUCCUUAUCCCCACGCGAAAGUCAGACAUGUUCUCGAGGUUGUCCCUCAUCACUGGCUGUGUUUGCGAUCAGCGUGGACAGAUUCUCAAGGACAAGCUGGAGGGAGGAGUGUGUCCGGUUUGGGGACCUCAAAAUUGCAUCUCUCCGUGUGUUUUUGUUUGUGUCAUCAUACUCUAACCUCUGGAAAGCACUGGUUUGCUGCUGGUUGUCAAGCGGUUGGGUGAGAUUCAACCCCUCAGGGGCUCCAGCAAGCCCCCAGCAAAGAGGUUCAAGUGUCUCAGUGGCAUGCUUUUGAGUGAUAUAUAUAUAUUAUGAUAUACAUAACGAGAUCGACAAACAGUUUGUUACAUCAUGCAGCGGUUAUAGAGGUGCUCACUGAUUUGUUGAGGUAAGGGGCGAGUUGUCCUCAAAGGAAAAGCCUUCUAUUACCAGUCCAUCUAUGUUCCAACCCUAACCAAUGGCCAUAAGCUUAAAGUAGUGACAGAAAAGAAGAGAUCACAGAGACAAGUGACCAAAAUUAGUUUCCCCCAUGAGAUUUUUGGCCUAAGAGAAAAGAGCUUGGCCAGAUUGGAAGGUUAGGGUAGAACAUGUCCUUCUCAACACGAAAAAAAAAGCCAGUUUGAUUGUGUAUUUUCAACGCCUCCCAGCCAAUUCUCUUAGGGGUUUUACUAAGCCCUUCUGAGAGAGUCCCCAGGGCUGGCCCCAGAGCUCACUAGAGGGAAUUGUGGUAUGCCACUUGGAUGAGGUUAUCUAGGAUACAAUAUCAUACCAUACAAGGUGAAUGAUGACAGGAUACGGCACAAUGUAGUACGAUGUGAUACUAUGCGACAUGAUGUGAUUUGAUCCAGUAAGAUAAGAUGCCUCCUGCAAUAUUGUAAGAGGCGAAAAUACCCAACAUGACACAAUAUGAUACGAUAUUAUAUGAUACAAUAUGAAACGAUACGAUACUAUACAAUAUAAUCUGACACAAUGGCCCAAUAUGAUACGAUAGCUUCGGCUAAGCAACAGCUCAAAAAACAAAUGUGCUGGUCACUCAGAUUCUGAUUUAAUUAAAGAUAAAAAAUUCCAAGUUUCCUUCAUGAUGUUGCUGGUCUGCAACACUUGAACAAACUAAGACACUCCUGACUUCGUUUCUUUUGCAGAUGCGCGGUGUGGCCAAAGAGCACCUAAUUGACAUUGUGUCCAGGUUUGAGCCAUGUCCAGUGAAUUUGCAGCGCAUGGUACUGGGUAUUGAUGGUAAGAAGGACUUGCUCGAAAUAACUUUUUUGAUAAUACGUGACUUGUUUAGACGUAUUUGUAGCUUUAAAGAUCUUGUCUGGCACUUUCUUCUGUCAGGUUUCACUAACUUCAUGAGGAGCCCUGCGGGUGACAUCUUUAACCCCGAGCACAAUCACGUGAACCAGGACAUGACUCAACCCCUGACCAACUACUUCAUCGCCACCUCACACAACACUUACCUGACAGGAGACCAGCUGCUCUCACAGUCUAGAGUGGAAAUGUAUGCCUAUGUUCUCCAGGCAGGUUGUCGCUGUGUAGAAGGUAAGAGCUCUUAAAAACAGACCAUAAAGUGUUUGUGUUAUUGCAGACACAGCGACUGACUCACCUCUGGCUCUUUUUUCUUUUUGUCCCUCUAGUUGACUGCUGGGAUGGGCCAGACGGAGAGCCAAUUAUUCACCAUGGCUACACCUUGACAUCAAAAAUUCUCUUCAAAGAUGUUAUUGAGACAAUCAACAAAUAUGCCUUCACCAAAUCCCAGUAAGUGAUUUUGUAUCCUAAUAGAUACAGUAUGUGUUCCUGCUGUUUGAGGGCAUGAUUCAUGACUCCAUCUUUCCCAAGGUACCCGGUGAUCUUGUCUAUAGAGAACCACUGCACAGUCCCUCAGCAGAAGAAGAUGGCCGAGUACUUGAAAGAGGUGCUACAGGACAAACUGGAUCUGUCUUCUGUCAAUGUGAAUGAAUGUAAGAAGUUACCGUCACCUGAGGUCCUCAAAGGGAAAGUUUUGGUCAAGGUAAGUUAGUUUUUAAAACUGCUGACACAAAUCCUGGGAGAUCUGUGAAAAAGUAGAGACAAGAUAAACACACAAAAAACAUUGUAAUCAUGUACACACCUGUGUUAUUAAAUCGAUUUCUCAGGGGAAAAAGCUGCCAGCAAACCUUGAUCCUGACGCAGAGGAGGGGGAUGUAUCUGAUGAAGAUACUGGUGAUGAUGACGAUGAUGAAGAUGAUGAGGAUGAUGAUAAUGAGCAGGUAGAUAGAAAAAUAUAAAGAUAGAUAGAUAGAUAGAUAGAUAGAUAGAUAGAUAGAUAGAUAGAUAGAUAGAUAGAUAGAUAGAUAGAUAGAUAGAUAGAUAGAUAGGUAGAUAGGUAGGUAGGAAGGUAGGUAGGUAGAUAGAUAGAUAGAUAGAUAGAUAGAAUUAGUAUUAUAAUGUAUUGUCUUUGACUUUUUCAGGAAGGAAAUAGCUUUAUCUCCUCUAAUUCAACGAAAAAGAAGAAGCGAUCCGCCAGAUCGAUUGUGAGAAGUUUCAAACGAAAGGUCAGCCAUUUUUUACAAAGAGAAAAAAAAAUAAUUUUUUUGUUGUUUAAUUUAAAGGAAAAAUGACAAAAUGAUGCUGCUGCUUUUUUCCCAGAGGAAAAAGCGAAGUAAGAUGAAGAACAAAACAACGUCUGACGGCGAGUCGGAUUACAGCAGCAGCAAGGAGAGGACACAAAUUGUUUACCAUCCUAAGUAAGGCUAGUCAUUGAAUUAAGUAGUUUAAGCCAUUUAACACCAUUAGUAACAGCCCCUUCAAUUGGACUAAACGUCAAUAACUCUCCCUUCAGGAAGAGGAAAACUAUGAGGUUGUCCAGAGCUUUGUCUGACCUGGUCAAGUACACAAAAUCUGUCAGAGUGCAUGAUAUAGAAACACAAGGUAAGGGUGAUUCAGAAUGAAUCUUUUCUAAUGUCCCCGCCCCCACCCCUUUUCUAUCAAACAGAUGUAUAAUGUUGUGUUGUUCUGUCUGGUAGGGUUAAAUAACAGCUGGCAGGUAUCAUCCUUAAAUGAGACAGUUAUGAACCAGAUCCUACAGCUGAAGCCCACUGAGUUGGUUCGUUUAAACCUACGGCAACUUCUACGAGUUUAUCCGUCAAACUACCGAGUGGACUCCAGCAACUUCAACCCACAGCCAUAUUGGAAUGCAGGAUGUCAUAUGGGUAAGACUGUCAAGACGACCACAAAGCCACCUACUAUACUUAGUUUUAGAGUUGUGGAUCUUCCUUAAUUCUGCAUGUUGACUUUUCUUUUCAGUUGCAAUGAAUUACCAAACAGAGGGACGGAUGCUUGAACUGAACCAAGCCAAGUUCUCAAGCAAUGGAAAUUGUGGAUACAUCUUAAAGCCAAAGUGCAUGCGCAAAGGUAUGACAAUAUGCCAGUGGUAGGAGAGGUCAUGAUUGCUUUAAAAGGUGGUGUUCAACAUCCUUGCUUUCUCAUCAGCUGCCUUUAAUCCACUUAUUGAGGGUCCUCUACCAGGCCACAGAAAGACUCAGUUAGUGCUGAAGAUCAUCAGCGGACAGCAGCUCCCCAAACCGAAAGACUCAAUGUUUGGGGACAGAGGAGAGGUGAGGCCAACAUUAUGGAUAAGUAAUCCAAUCAAUGCCAAAUUUGAUGGUUUGCAGAUUACUUAAACCCCAUAUUCAACUGAGAAACAGUGCAAAGACAACAUAUUAAAUGCUGAAACUAAAAGGUGAUUUAUCAAAAGUAUAGGCCCAUUUUACAGAGAUGCCAGAAGGCCAGUUGAAGCUGUACUUAUUGUCCAGUAUUGAUAGUGCCUUCCCAAAUACAUAGGCUACAGAUGCUAUGUGCACUUUUACAUCUCCGGGUACAGGCUUGGCUUGCAUUUGUUGAUGAAGUGAGUGGAUUUUGGCCCAUGUAGUGAUUUCUUCUGCAGUGUCUUGUCUGUUUUUGAUGCAGUGCUGUUCUUGUGUGUAAAAAUCAGGUCUAUCCAGUAUUGGUUUUCAGCCAAGUCCUUUUUGUUCAGAGUUUUCACCAAAUUCUCUGGCAUUUUUAGCAUUACAGAACAUAUUCAGUGUUUAGUAGUCUUUGUACUAACCUUUUAAGGAUCAUUUUGCAGCUAUUAUAUUCAAAAUGAUUAUAAAACAACAUCGGAUAUGUUCUCUUGGUAGUAUUUGGGUUUAAUGUGCAGCUCAAAUGACUGAACACUAUCAAAAUGUUCUUGUCUAUCAACAUUUUACACAGCAUCCCAGGUUUUAUGGAAUUAUGGCUGUACUUAACAUCUCUAAAAUGUGUUUUUCUGAUCCUUUUGUACUUCCAGAUUAUUGAUCCUUUCGUUGAGGUUGAGAUCAUCGGUCUACCUGUUGAUUGUUCCAAGCAGCAGACUAGAGUGGUGAAUGAUAAUGGUAAACGCACAGGAGAUGCCUAGCUAUAUAAAAUCCACAUACUGUACGUCAACCUAAAUAACAUCCCUUUCAUUUAGGCUUUAAUCCCAUGUGGGAGGAGACCCUUGUUUUCGAUGUUCAAAUGCCCCAACUAGCCCUGGUGCGUUUUCAGGUGUGGGAUCAUGAUCCAAUUGGACGAGAUUUCAUUGGACAAAGGACUGUGGCUUUCACCAGUAUGCUGCCAGGUACACAACAAUGCUCCAGCCCCUGUACAUAACAACAAGAUCCCUCAGUUCGUUUUUUGUGUCUUUACAUACCAAACAGAUGAGACUUAAGAUGUUAAUAAGCUAUCUCUAACUAAGAGAGAUCGAAUCACUGUUAUGUGUCUAUAAAUAUUGUGAUUUAGUCAUGAAUGGUAUUACCUCAUAGGUUUUCGACAUGUUUACCUCGAGGGAAUGGCUGAGUCCUCCAUCUUUGUUCAUGUGGCCAUCCAUGACAUCACAGGAAAGGUAAGCUACAUUGAAUUAAAAGAGAAAAAGAUACAGAUGUUAUUUCACUUUCACCUGCAAGCUCUUUCCUGAAAUCCUUUUUGUUCUUUUGAAAAAGAUCAAACCAUCAAAUGCAGUUCAUGCAGCCAGGAAACACAUCCAAAAAGCAGCCAAGAAGCAUAUCAAAGGUCAGCAAAGGCAAACGUCCCUGGACUCUUCUGUCCUGUCCUCAGAAGACGGACGUUCUUUGUACUUCCGCAAGGAUCUGGACACCAUCUCUCAGGAAAGCUGGAAUGGGGACAUACAGCCUCCGGUACAAGGGCCAGCAGCCAAAGCAUCCAUCCACAAAGGGGCCAUGAGUGAGCCAUUGAAGCGAGUUCACAGAGUUAAAAUUCAUGAACCGCCAGAAACAAGGAGAGGGAUCUUCAGACGGAUGUCCUCCACCGACUCCCACCACACAGCAGCUUCUUCCAGUUUCAGGGCAGACAGCUUUGACUUUGACACCUAUCCCCAGGCCUUUUAUUCUGACGGCUCUGUUCCAGACAGCCAAAAUCGAAUUGAAGAGGAGAUUGAGAAUGAACCAGAGUCAAAUUGUGCAGAGCAGGAGUCAGCUCAGACAUUUGAACCAGAGGAGCCUGAAGCACAUGAGGAAUUACCAACAGGCCCACCUCCAGACAAGGACAUUUAUCCUGAGCCUGAGCAACCACCAGAGACUCAAAGAUGGACUGAUUCACUCCCUCUACCCAAGCAUGUGCCAGAGCCGGAAGCCAACUUUUCUAAUCCCAUCCCUCCAUCUUCCCCUCCAAGAACAAGACGUACCUUGGAGACUCCAGUCACCCCUCACCCCCCCACACUGUUGCGGACAAAGGCUCGCUCACGGAGCUGCCCGCGGAGACAAAUCUCCUCUCCUCAGACACCAGUGGUAAGACACAGGCCUGCUCUCCACUGGCAGACACAGCGAGCCUUUAGCGAGGGGAGCUACCACAGCCAGAUCAGGCCUAUACCCAAUGGCCUCUGUCUGUCUGACAGCUCAUCCAGCAGUGAGGGCAGCACUGACAGUCUGGAGUAUGUGUCAUCCUGUGUGCCAGAGGAGUUCAAUCAAAAUGAAGGGACUCUGCAGAGAGAGAUGAGGGUCCUCUUUGACCGGCGGAUGAGCGAGAUUCGUUGCAAAUCGCCACUUUUUUCAAAUGGUGAGUCAAAGAUCAUGUUCGAUCCACAUUUAUGUUGUCCAAGGUUUUAUUUCCCAAUACCAAUACCAAGUCUGACUGAUUUUGACACCUAAAUUUGUAAAUUACUCUAUUCAAAUACAAAUAGUGUUCCAGUAUUAAACUAGUACUGCAUGAGAUAUGAGUCUAGAGCAAAGACUGUAUAUACUAUGGACAACUUGGUUACGCCUUCCGCCAGUCUACGGAUUUGAGGCCGAAAAGCUCUUGGUAUUUCCGCAAUCUUUCUUCAUUUUCCAAAACCAACAUUGCGCAGUAGCAUUGUACGCAUUUGGCGGGAGAGUUGCCAAGAGUCGCUGUGAUGACGCUCGGCUCGAACAGCGUAUCCCCCGGGUGAGCUACGCAAUCCUCGUACACCCAUAGGCUGUAUCAAGUGUCAAUCAUAGAAAACAUGAACCCCCUAAUAACUUUUAAAAACGGAGCUGUACAGAAAAAAGAGAACUUGAGCACAAACCAGUCUUACAAUAAUUACAUGUUAACAUUGCAAACAGGGUGGAGAAAAAUGUAUGUUCUGUGUAAUAAAUUUCUAAAGUUUGUCCACAGCCCCAUAAGCUUUGCUGGCGGAGGCGGGAUUUAUGACCUAUACUGCAGCCCGUCACCAGAGGGUGCUGUUCUCGGAGUGGCUUCACCCACCGAGGAGGCAGACGGCGUCCAUUCUAUAUACAGUCUAUGUGUGUGUGCCCUCCCUGCUGCAGAAUUUGGCGUUCCAAAUAAGCAAAGAGCUCUCAGAACAGAGCCAUACUAAUAUUGCACCACUGCGUGAAAAAAAAAAUCAAUUCCCUUUGACAAAAGUGGUCAAGACUAAAGAACGUAUAAAUGGAUGGAUUUGCAGCCAUUACCACUAUUCUUGUCUUAGAAAAUAAUACUCCUUGACCUCAAUCAUUUUUAUUCAUCUCGUCACUUUUCCAUUUACACAGAUUACAUGAUAUGAUUUUCCUACAGAUAAGUGGUACAUUUUUCUCAGUAUUCCCCUCUGUCUUUUCAUAUCGGCUAAACUAGACUUCUCUCAGGGAUAGUUUCAGGCAGCUGUUAGUCAAAUUCUGGACAAAGCGUCUCAAUCAACAAUAACAAAAGUGACAUGUUUGUUCUUUUUUCUUUUAGAUUAGACUUUUUUAUAUUUGUGAUUCCACAGAAAACAACAUCCGACAGAGGACAUUACAAACACAGCAACACCAAGGACCGAAGAAUGGCAACAGCCACGUGUUCUUCCUGGGAAACUAGUCACCAUGUACCUUAGGCCUGCUGUAAUGUUUGCAUGAUGCCAGAAUGUUUACAGUCAGUUUUUAUGCAUGACCUAGUUUUUAAAAGGAAUAUAGUUGGAAGAAUGUUGCCAUUGCCAACUGCGACACAGAAAAUAAACUAAGUACAUUAGCACUAAAUGUUAGGUAAGUUUUCAUGUUUACAGUGAAAACUUUGAUUCUUUCAAUAAAAACGUUUUUACAUAAUUUUAACUAAACUGUUUUUUUCAUUAAGUUGUAGCAUUCCUACUUGAAAAUCAAUAAAUGUAUUAUUUGAUAAUACUUCUCUUUCAGUUAUUAAGUGGAGUAUUUGCUUUUUUACUCUAAUAUAUUUAUAAAAGAGAGGGGUCAAAACCUACAAAAAAGUUAAUGCUUCUUUCAGACAGAGUCCUAAACAGCUAUCCAGGAAAGAAAUGUGUCUACGCUUUUUCUUUGUCUUUGGCUUCAUUUUCCUGGGAUCUGUUCACGUUGCUGUUCUUCAAACGCAGGCUCAGUUCAUCAGUCAGCACAAUGCAGCAGGAUUUCUGUGGGAAAAAACACAUGAUAUCGACAAUACUCCAAUUAGUUUAAAAUUCAAAUGAACACAAGGUACCUGGACUCUCAAGAAAAGGAUUAAUACUUCUUGAAGAAACAACACAGAUAUUAUAGAAGAGUUUACAGCCUGCCACAUGAACUCUAACCAAACUGAAAAAGAGAUGGGGAUAGAUAAGUAGGGAAGGCUAGUGCAUCACUGAGAUUAUAAAGUGGCCAAUUCCCAUCAGACACCUCCUUGGACUAGAGAACAGUUUCCCUUUAUCUGAGUCUAACGCUGCGUUCAAGUUACCUCGGAAAUCAGAAGCCUAACCUGAAAUGACAUCACACCCCAGUUACCAGCGUUUCAGUUACCAAAUCGGAAAGAAGCAAAACCAGAGGCGGAAACAAAAUGGCUACAUCUACGAAAGUUAUUUUAGCGCUUGCCUUGUCCAAACAUAUGGCAAUAACAUUUGUAGAUGUAGCUAUUUUGUUUCCACUUCCAAUUUUGCUUUUUUUCUGACUUGGUAACUAAAACGCUGGGAACUCGUGUGUGACGUCAUUUUCAGCUCCGACAUCUGACCUACUAGGUAGCUCGAACGCAGCAUAACCUCCCAACAUUAACACUUUGACUCUUUGAGACAACGCCAUUUCCAAAUUAAGUUGUUCCAACCUUCUGCUCAGCGGCACUUUUUCGGCUCUUGGAGGUGAGCUCCAGAACAGCCAGCAGCGCUCCCAGCCCCAGGCCCAGAGAGAGAACCAGAAACAUUCCUUUAAGGCUGUGUGGCUGCGCAGCUGUAGACUUGGCCCUGUCUGCAAGGCAGCUACUGGCCCACCACUUGCUCCGCAGGUAGGCCAGUUCCCCCGCCUCGCUCAGCUGUAAGAUUGCCACACUGAGGUUCUUUAUGAUGGGUGAACCUAAAAGAAGGCAAAGGUAUAAUUUUAAUAAUCAAGUUACGUUUUUAAUUCAUCAUUGGGGAAAGCCUUACCAAGGGCGGCUGCAAUGCUGUAUCCUCUCAUGCCGACGACUUCAUGUGCUCUGACCAGCUCACAGUGACGAGCCACUGCCAAAUCCAAAGAUACAGACUCCCCAAUAAAUGCAAAGUUUCCGUCUUUUGCCCGUUGGACCCCCUCAUCCAUUGAUGACACAAAACUCCUGGUUCUUUCCAUAUGUUCAUAAAUUCUGCGGUACACUGGGUUGUUUGAAUUCUGCACAAGAAAGAAAGAGUCAGCGAAACAGCAGAGACAUGCAGGAUUUAUUCAUGAUGAUUUCUGUACCUUGAAGAAGGCGAGAGUGGAGGAGCCUGCCAAACACCCAUACUCAAUCAUGUCCUGAUUGGCAAGGUCCUCAAACCCUUUUACAGUCAGGUGGGUGGACUCAGAGGUCUUAGAGGAGCUGAGGUUGGAGAAAUAACAAGCCAGGAGGACAAUAGUGAACAACCACCAGCUGCAGCAGAUGACUCGUCCUGACAGAGCUUUGGGGUGAGGGCCAGCACCUGACAACACCGAGAGAGUUCAGUUAGAAGGAAAAAGGUCACGAGUCACACCGAAUAUAUCACAACAUGUUUGGUGUCUGGUUCUGCUGUUUUACCCUGAAGAGUCAGAGCUCCAGCUGUGUACCAAAGACUGUGGAGGAGGCUGAAUGUGUGGGGAUCACUCUGAGGCUGACUCCACUCACUUGGGCUGAGUCUGCAUUCACAUUGAAACAUUAUUAUUGUGUAAGACGAAGGGGUCGCAGUGCCAGAAAAGAGAACAAAUAAAGAUAAGAAAGAACAUAAAUCAUAACUCUUGCUGUUACAUCUCAUCUCUUACCUGGCAGCUAUGAAGAUGCAAGCAGCAGUGCCAAGGUAUGCAAUGAGUAUACCCACCCAGGUCUCAGCGGUAAAGGGGGUCAGAAAAUCAAAGAAACCAGACGCCUCUGAGAUAUCCUUCCUCAGCAGGAUACUGAUUCCUGUCUGCAUGAACGGUUUAGUCAUCCCCACCACUUUCUCCCGAGCUGCAGUCAGAGUCAGAGGAGCAAUUGCAAGGUCUGCCUCCUGUGAAGAAAAUUACACUUUCAGGCAAUCCUAAUAUUAAAGCUUACUCAGUUAUUUUGUGGGUCAGUGUGCCAGCUGGGUACUUCAAACAUUUGUUGACCGCUUUAAUGUCAGUCAUUUCAUGCACUCACUCCUCUCAUGACCUCCCCGACCAUCCCAUUCCAGUUCCCGCUCUCGUCCUGUCGGCCAUAUGAACUGUCUUUCACCAGAUGCACUCUGUACUUGAAGCCCAGUUUUUUUGCUAUUUCAGACAGCAGGUCCAUACAAAAGCCCUCCAGUUGUAAGUUUUUGGCCGUGGUGUAUGGCUCUUGCUGUAAAAGAAAGUGUCAAAUGAAAAUCAGUGAAAUGUGUUUUCCUCUAAACUGUGUAUCCAAGCUUGAAUAAAUGAAUAUUCUACCUUUAUUGUUGUGACUCUCAGCUCUGGUUGCACAGAGGGAGGAAAGUAAAAAUGAGGUUACUAUUAGAGUCAUUCACAAUAUAAUAUAUAAAAACUAUGACUUCAGACAGUAGAGGGAGUGAAUCGGAUCUUCUGUAUAUCAAUGAGGCAUCCCCAGGUGAUUAGAGAAGCAUAAUUUGAUUUACAAAGAGAAACUGUGACUUAAAAUGUUCCUUUUUUUUCUUGUAUUUCUUAAUUCAUUCUUCUUCUGACAACAGGACAUACAACCUCAGACCUGAAGAGAUCUGUUAAAGUAGACAAAUACAAGAGAAAACCCAUCAUGCUUUUAGCUUCUUACAACCCAUGCUCAUACUUAUCUAAUCUGGUUUUACUCAAUAUGAAUCAUUUUAAGAAAAUAUAAAAUCAAUGUACUUUGAGCCUCAACCUGUUAUACAUUACAAGUGACCAUACAGAUUCAUAGUUCCAGCAGGAUGAACCAAACUGACCAUGUUGUAUUUUCCUACUGUCAUCCCAUAAAAACACCAGCAGCUUAUUGUGUUCAUUUAUCCAUCUGCACAUCUCAAUAUGUACUCUAUGAACUGGAACAAAACCCUUAACUGUACAAUAGAUUAACACUUUUUAUUCAUCUGGCUAAAACUGCUCCUCAGCACAACCUCAGACAUCCAGUUUACGACUACUAUUGUUCAUGUAAUUUUGGAAGUUUUCCUGUAGUUCUUACUCCUCUUUUGCUCACUUUGAAGAUGCUAUAUCAUAUAAUAAGUGCAUCAAGUGAAUAUGGAACCCCUCCUAACCAUAACUGAAAAAGUAUUUGAAAUUUACGAUUAAAAUCCAAUUUAAAUAUAACUCUGUUUAAGUCUGGAGGGGGAACCACAUUUUAGGACCAAUCAAGUUCCAUGUGUCUAUGAGGACCAAGAAGUCAGAGAAGAUCGGAGUAAGAAAACAUCAUUGGUUGUUUUUUAACAACAAAAGUUUUGGCAGCUGAUCUCUUGCCUAAAUUUAGUAGAAUCUCUGCUUCUUUGUGUGUUGGCCAUCCUCAGACUUUACUCUGACAUGCAGAGAUGUCUGAGGUAGGUUUCUGGCGUUGACUUUCUUGUCACAGCUCAUUUCCGGUAUCCUGGAGAUCUGGCUUUUUUCCUCAUCUGCUUGAAAAUGAUUUGCCCACCACGGUCUAUUUAGAGCAGCUUUUUAAUUCAAAGAGUCUCAGUGCCAUGGAGCUGUGCGAUGGGAGGGCAGUCAAAGAGUAUCAAAAGCCUCAAUUCAGGCCAAGGCCUAGGGGAUCCGUCACCACAGGGUGAUCCUGUCACCCAUCAGAUCCUCCUUUUCAAAAGAUGACACGUAUACAAGCUCUUCAAGCCCCUGUCACUUUUUGGCCACUUGCACACACAGGGCCUUUGUUUGCUCUAUACAGUUGAUUUAUUACCGUUUUUUGUAACAGUGUCAACUAGCUUGCUUCCUUUUCUACAAAACUUGGAAAGGAUGUAGCGCAACACUUUGAUAUUGAUCCGAGCAGACUGUAUCGCCAAGCCAGAGAAAGGAUAGAGAACAUGAGGAAUUUGGCAGAGAGAGCUAACGCACGACAUUGACAUACAAAUGUAGUCACUGGGUCAAACCUUUGAUUAGAUUUCUUAGUGUUAAUUUUAAUGUCAUCAUCCAGACAGGAAAAACAAUUCCUGCUUUGCCACUCUGCACAGAGUUGGUUAAAAGAUGUUAGUUUUGUCCAACAGGCCUGAUUUAAUCUGUUACAAUAAUGGUUUGAUAUGCAUAGACCUGCAAUAACAAAAAGGUACUUACCUGCAGUACACUCUCCCAUGUCCAAGAAUAAGCCAGCAGCAAUGAUAAAGAAGCCAAACAGCAUCCUGAUUCUCCUAAUUGGCAUAAGUUCCUACAAAGACAAUCAGCAGUUGACUAUGCAUAACCACCUGUAAAUAUCUUAAAGAUCUUUCCUUAAAGAUCUAGAAUGUUUUCCUACCUGACAAGAGUCCUCAAUGUGUCUGCUAGAUCGGUAUGUCAGACUUCAGAGUGGAUGCGGCGAGCUCAGCUGUGAUUUUGAAGUUUUUGAGACUCAAUUGUGUUGAGACAGCCAACAACAUUGUGUGGGUGGGGAUACUGGGAAGGGUUUGGAGGGGUGGAGAAAAGCCAUGAACAGUGUGAAAUUACAUAAUUUAUUCCUAAAAUGACUCUGAAUUAUAACAUAAUUCUUUUUGUAUUUUAAAUGUACUAGAGGAAGGCUACGGCAAAUUGUAGAACAGUCAAAUAUGACAUACAUUUUAGUUGAGCUAGGGUGUAAUUGGUUUUGUAUUUUUUUUAAGAAAAGAAAAAGAAAAAAAUUUUUUUUUGGCAUGCUGGCAAUAUGGGUUUUCAAGACUGUGUCAAACCCAAAUUUACUCCUGGGACUUAUAGGCUGGGGCUACAGUUUCGGGAUGUCUGAACCCACUGAGCAUUCUUUGGUCUAAAAGAGGUCUAAUAGAUGUCUAAAUGUAGCCUAGAUGACUGGUCUAAGAUUAGGCUACCACAGGUCUAAAAAUGAUCGUUUUUUUAAGACGUCUUCAUUUAGACCAAGUUUGGAUCAAGUCUAAAUCUGGGCUACAUCUAUACUACACUCUUUCUUGCUCAACGGCUAUCAUAAUUAUUUUGGUAAAGUACCAAGAGAUCAGUUUUGCAACUCACGGUUGCUUUUUGACAUGAAUAGUAAUCAAAUAAUGGGUCAAAAUGCAACGUCUUAAUUCCGUCUAAAAAUAUACAGAAUCUAGACGGUUGAAAUUGGGUCUAAAAAAAAACCUAGACAUCUAUUGGUCAGUGGGAAUGUGAAGAGAUCAGUUAAAGGCGACAGCAUUAGUCCACCAGAAAUAAAAGACUUGAAAACUUAACAGAAAAUGAUCAACUUUUUCUUUCUAGCUUUUUUGGAGACAAUUUGUGGAGUUACCUUUUAGACCACAGGUGUCAAACUCAAGGCCCGGGGGCCAAAUCUGGUCCGUAAAACAAUUAUAUCUGGCCCACAAGAUCAUAUCAUAUUUGUGUUAUUACUGGCCCACCAGUAUGAAGUCUGCAGAUUUCCUCCAGUAUAAUAAUGUAAACUUUAGCACCAUUAUUUAAAAUGUCCCUAAAAAAACACGAAAAUCUGGGAAAUUAAAGAGUGAGGAAGAUUUGAUAAAUAGUAAAGAAUGUGGGGGAAAAAAUAUUUGGUAUUCUAUUUCAUGUUUUCAAUUUUACAUUUCAGGAUUACAACAUGAUUGGAUUUUUUAUUUCAUUCUUUGAUUUUAUUCAACUCAGUAUAUAGAAUUGUGUCAUUUUUAUACUUUAGAUUCCAAUUUUAAAUUUUAAGUCAUAUUUUGACCUUUUAUACCUGAUUUCAAUGUUCUCCUCAUGUAUUUGCUCUUUAAAAGCAUUGUUUUUCUAUUUUUAAUAUCAUGCUCUGCUUUUUUGAACUAAUAAAUAAAAAUAGAAUAAAAAAUAAAAUACAUUUUUGAUCUCAGAUUGCCUUUAAACUUUUAUUUUUAUCUUUUUUUAAUUUCCAAAUGAUUUAUGAUCGUUGCUGUUUUUGUUUAGCAUAGUUUUUGAAAAGGAGGUUGUCAGUUUUGGUGAAAUGUUGACCCUGUUUGGUCCUCAGAUUGGACCCAAAUCCAGAUUAUGGCCCUUGCUAUGGUUGAGUUUGACAACCCUGUUUUAGACCAAAAUGCUCACAAGGAAAAGAACAAAACAGUCUUCACUGUAACUAUAUGAAGUCGUAUAAAAAAUGUAUAAAUUUAACUUGUGUACAGUCACAGUCAGACUUAGUUUUAAUGUUUUAAUAUUCAUCCAUAUACGUCGUUUAGGUUCUUGAAUGCGAAUACAAUUCU